AUGCUAAGUACAAUGGAGGUAAUAUAUACCAUCUUGAUUGCUGGUGAACUGACUAUAGGAGUUUGGGGAAAUGGAUUUAUUGUACUGGUUAACUGUACUGGCUGGAUCAAAAGGAGAGAUAUCUCCAUGAUUGACAUCAUCUUGGUGAGCUUAGCCAUCUCCAGAAUCUGUUUGUUGUGUGUGAUAUCUUUAGAUGGCUUUCUUAUAUGCAUCUCUCCGGAUACAUAUGCCAGUGGCAAGUUAAUGAGCAUUGUGGAUGCUUUCUGGACAUUUAGCAAUCAUUCAAGUGUCUGGUUUACUUCUUGCCUCAGCAUCUUCUAUUUACUGAAGAUAGCCAAUAUAUCCCAUCCGCUUUUCCUCUGGCUGAAACUAAAUAUUAACAGAGUCAUUCUGGGGAUUUUUCUGAUGUCCUUCCUUAGCUGUAUCAUCACUAGUGUUUCAAUGAAUGAGGACUUCUGGGAUCUCUUCAAAGUCAAUCAUAAGGAAAACAUAACUUGGGAACUGGAAGAGAGUAAAAUCCCAGGUGCUUUCAGACCGCUUAUCCUGAACCUGGGAGUUAUCAUUCCCUUUGUUCUUUGCCUAACCUCAUUUCUCUUAUUACUUUUCUCCCUAUUUAGGCACACCAAGCAGAUGAAACUUUAUGCCACAGGGUCCAGAGACCCCAGCACAGAGGCCCACAUGAGGGCCAUAAAGGCAGUGAUCAUCUUUCUGCUUCUCUUCCUUAUGUACUAUGCGGUCUUUCUUAUAGUAACCUCCAGCUUACUGAUUCCUCAGGGAGAAUUAGUGGUGAUGUUUGGUGGCAUGAUAGCUGUCAUUUUCCCAUCGAGCCAUUCAUUCAUCCUGAUAAUGGGGAACAGCAAACUAAGGGAGGCUUUUCUGAAAGUGCUAAGUGUUGUGAAGAGUUUCCACAAAGGAAGGAAACCUUUUGUUCCGCAGAGAAUCCUGAAUACAAGGAGAAAGAAAUCAACAAAAGAUCCUCUCCCUUCUCCCAAUUAAUUAUAUUCAGUUUUUAUAGAUGCUGUUAGAAAUCAUUAAUAUCUAUAUCUAUGAUUAUCCUAAAUUUUCCUUUGUGUCCCUUCACAUUUCUGUCUUGUUUAACUUUAAAUCAAUGUUAUUGAGCCACGUAUAUUUCCUUGCCUUUGCAGGAAAAAAUGAAUCCAAACCCCAUGCUAACAUUUCAUAUCAUUGCCUAAAUGCAAAGAGAUUCUACUUCUUUCUGUCAUAUCUGGUAAAGGCCUUGAACUCAAAGAGUAGAAGAAUUUUAGGCAAAUAGGGUGCGGGGAAGAGAUUUUAAAAUAUAUUAGUCCUUCCUAUAAAAUCAAUCAUGUAAAACCUGUCUACUUUGUGCUAGAAGUCAGUACUUAUCUUUUCUGCCCUGUC